AUGGUUCCAAAUGAAGACCAUCAGUAUAUGGGGAUUCUCCAGCUGCUUCUCCAUUUUGGAUGGACGUGGGUUGGGCUGUUUGCUGUGGAUGAUGAAAGUGGGGAGCGUUUUGUGCAGGCCAUGGAGCCGUGGCUGUCCCACAGUGAAAUCUGUUUGGCCUUCAUACGACGAGUCCCCAAACAAUUUUUUUGGAACACGUUUGACGACUUCCACGCUUUUGCCUCCAACGCGGAAGGAUAUUUUCCAGAUAGCAAAGCCAGGGCGCUCCUUUUCUAUGGAGAAUCCAUGGGCGUUGUAGCCUUCGCCAUAUUUAUGUUUCUUGGAGAUCCUGGGAGUAAGGAAAGCGCUGCCCUGGGGAAAGUGUGGAUUAUGACCGUCCAGACUGAUUUUAUAUUAACAGGCCAUAUCAAGGGCUGGGACCUUCAGUUCUUCCAAGGAGCCCUUUCCUUCACAGUUCACACAAUGGAGGUUCUAGGGUUCAAGACGUUUCUUCAGCACUUAAAUCCUGACUCAACACAAGGAGAUGGUUUUCUCCGGAUCUUCUGGGAGCAAGUAUUUGACUGCACGCCUUCAAAUCGGCUGGAGCUGUUGAAAAAGGAUGAUACGUGUACUGGAAUGGAAAAACUGGAGAGCCUUCCGUAUCCUGUUUUUGAAAUACUCAUGACUGGUCACUCUUAUGGAAUUUACAAUGCAGUCUAUGCCGUAGCACAUGCUCUGAAUGCUUUGCGAUCAAGAUUCAAGCAUAGAGCAAUGACAGGUGACCGAAGAUUUGGAUUUCCACACAUCCAGCCUUGGCAGCUGCAUCAGAUUCUUCAAGUCAUUUCAUUUAAUAACUCGGCUGGAGAAAUAAUCUCUUUUGAUAAAAACAGAGAGAGGAAAGACGGAUUUGAUAUAAUGAACCUAGUGACAUUCCCAAACAAGUCCUUUGGGAGUAUAAAGGUUGGAAGGGUGGAUCCUAAUGCACUUGAAGGAAACAAAUUCAUAAUUGAUGAAGAUAUGAUUGUAUGGCAAGCCAGUUUCAAUCAGGUGCUGCCUUUAUCGGUGUGCAGUGAUUCCUGCCCUCCGGGUUAUCAGAAGAAAAAGAAGGAAGGGGAGAAAUUUUGCUGCUAUGAUUGCACUCCUUGCCCCGAAGGGAAGAUAUCAAAUCAGAAGGACAUGGAAGAUUGCAUCAAAUGCUCAGUAGAUCAAUAUCCAAGCAAGGAUAAGGACAGAUGUCUCCCCAAAAUUAUAACCUUCCUGUCUUUUGAAGAACCACUAGGGGCCAGUUUGGCUUCAGUGGCUGUUUCAUUUUUGCUGGCCACAAUUUGGGUGCUAGGCACCUUCGUUGCACACAGAGCCACCCCCAUUGUCAAAGCGAACAACCAAGAUAUCACCUAUGCUCUCCUCCUCUCACUUCUGUUCUGCUUCCUCUGCUCCUUGCUAUUCCUCAGACAGCCUAAGAAAGAGACCUGCUUCCUCCGUCAAGCUGCUUUCGGCAUCAUCUUUUCAGUGGCUGUUUCCUGUGUAUUGGCCAAAACCACCACUGUGGUGGUAGCUUUCAUGGCCACCAAACCAGGGUCCACCAUGAGGAAAUGGGUGGGGAAAAGGCUGGCCAACUUCAUAGUCUUUUCCUGCUCCUUUCUUCAAGUGAACAUUUGUGCAGUAUGGCUGGGAAUCUCUCCCCCCUUCCCAGAUUUUGAUACGCAGUCAUUGACUACAGAGAUUGUGGCUGAAUGCAAUGAAGGGCCUGUCCCAUUUUUUUACAUUGUCCUGGGCUACAUGGGACUUCUGUCCCUCAUCAGUUUGAUAGUGGCGUUCCUAGCCAGAAAGUUGCCAGAUAGUUUCAAUGAAGCCAAAUUCAUCACCUUCAGCAUGCUGAUCUUUUGCAGUGUCUGGAUGUCUUUUGUUCCAUCUUACUUGAGCACCAAAGGAAAAUACACGGUAGCUGUGGAGAUCUUCUCUAUCUUGUCCUCCAGUGCUGGAUUAUUGGGCUGUAUCUUUUUUCCCAAAUGUUACAUUAUUGUUCUGAGGCCUGAGCUGAACACCAAAGGGAUUAUCAGGAGACAGAAUUAA